AUGCAUUUUCAACUGAAAACGUUGAGCGAUAUCCUCCGCAACUCUGCAGAUUUGUACGGCGAUAAUGUUGCCGUUGACCAUGAUGAAGGGGUCAUUACCUACUCAGAGCUCCAAAGUCUCUCAUUUGGAUUCGCGCGUCAGCUUCAGGAAAUUGGCGUGACUCGAGGAGAUCGCGUACCCUUACUCACAACUCAUGGCACUCGAAAUAUUGUCGCCCUGUUGGGCAUCCUGAUUGCAGGUGCAUGCUAUGUGCCCAUGGAUAGGGGCACAUGGUCCGAGGAGAGGAUCCAGUCUGUCCUAAACAUCGUGAAGGGCAGUGUGUUAGUCAACACUACGCCGGACAGGUUUGAGCAUGGAGGCUAUCGCACCGUUCAUUUGCGGAGCCUCAAUGGUCUCAAACAUGCUGACGAAGGUUUCGAACAACCAACUCUUGACUCAUCCAGUCUCGCAUGCAUCAUUUUCACCAGCGGUUCUACAGGAAGACCGAAGGGUGUGAUGAUACCCCAUGGAGCGAUUGCCAACUACGCCAUGACUUCCCCCUUUAACAUGGACGUACGCCAUGAGGACCGGGUCUUGCACAUUUUAUCAGUUGCUUUUGAUGCCUCAACUGGAAUGCUCUUUUCCAUCCUUUACGGAGCUGGCACUAUCGUCCCCGCUUCCAAGAUUGAUUUAAUAACUAAGGCACAGUCGUGCUCAAUAAUAGCCUGCACACCAUCGAUUCUGGCAACAUUACCACCGCCGACCUUGAAAGAGUGUCAGUACCCUGAUGUUCACACAAUACUACUCGGUGGUGAGACAAUACCACAGGAGCUUAUAGAUGCUUGGUGCUUCAGCGGGAGGAGGAUAUUAAAUGCAUACGGCCCUACGGAGACCACAUGCGCCUCCCUGAUGCACGUCAUUGAGUCCUCGGGCGACAAGCGACAAGAGAGCAAUGCCAUCAUUGGAAAGGCCAUGCCCAACGCCCCCGUAUAUCUCCUUGAUUCAGAAAUGAGAGAGCUCCGAGAGAGCGGCCAGGAGGGCGAGAUUGUAAUCAGUGGACCAGGAGUUACACACGGCUACUUUGAAGAUGAGGAAAAGACGAACAAGGCGUUCAUAAAUAGAAACGGGCGGAGGAUGUACAGAACCGGCGACUACGGCAUGUGGACGAAAGACAGCCGCGGGGAUCUUGUCAUCGAGUUCCGUGGGCGGAAAGACAGGGUUGUGAAAAACCGCGGCUUCCUCGUGAACCUCGACGCGGAUAUCGAGACGCCUAUGUCAUCUAUGGGAUUUGGGAUACAGAGCAUCCAUGUUGCGCAGUUUCGAAAGAAGGUUAUUGCCCUGGUCUGCCCCGAAACUGUUGAUACAGACAGCCUACGUCGGCUGAUGCUCAAGACGCUCUCCUCCUUCAUGGUACCUGACCGAAUCAUGGCCGUCCAGACCCUUCCGAUGACGGCAAACGGCAAGGUAGACCCUCGAGGCGUGCUCCAGAUGUUAGAAGACGGAGACGAUAUGAAGUUGGAAGAGACAACCACUGAAUCAGAUGCGCCGGGAAGCGAGGUCUGGUUCGCGGUGAAGGACUGCGCCAGGCGGACGCUGGGUCUAGGAAACGUCGCCUUGGAGCCCUCUUCGAACAUAUUCUCUCACGGUGCCUCGUCCCUGGACGUUCUCAUGUUUGUGUCACUGUGCCAGAAGAGGGGCUACAGCGUUACUGUCCAGGAGGUGUACAGCGCGCAUAGUCUCGAUGACAUAUGUAGGAGCAUAAGCGCCGCUGCCGCCACUUCUCAGCCAAACGAUCGCGCAUCAGGAGCCGAUGAGGAUGAAGAGUUGGAGAACGGCAUUAUCGAUGGUCCUGUUCCUGUGUGCGCUCCCAUGACGCCUCUGCAACUCGAGCUGGCGGGGCCAACCUUGGCGGUGAAUGGCAAGAAUACGAACAGGAUUUGCAUCCGCUAUGACAUCCAGCAUGCAGACACCAUAGAGGAGGCUUGGCACAAGGUCUGGAGAUCUGAACCCAUCUUUAGGACCAAGUUCCUCCUAGAAGGAGAGUCGGGUGGCACACAGCACAUCGAAGUGGCGCCGUUGACUCUUCCCACGCGGGUCACCUUCACAGACUAUUCGGCGUAUAAGCAGGCCUCAGACAGUGCUUCGCUCUGCGUCGGACUUGGGACACGACUCGAUGUUCUUCGAUUUGUGCCUGAGGGAGAGAACGCGCACCGCGCAGAAGCAACAAUCGUGUGGACAGCGCACCAUUCUCUUAUCGACGGAUAUGCAAUGGCCGCCAUCCUCGCCAAGGUGGAGGCUGCCGCCGCCGAGGCGUCUGUAAACCACGAAGCGGAAUCUUUCAUGGUUGUGGCUCGGAGAUUGGUUGAGAUGCAGGAGAAGCGUGACUCGGUGGCCAAGGAGUUCUGGUCCACGUAUCUGCGCGACGCCCCUUUCAUCGAAAAUCUGGGUCUCCCGCGACCUCGAGUUGACUGUGCCGAUGUGGCCGGCGAGAUUCGUUUCUCGAGCGCAGUAUCCUUUGAUGACCUCCGCAAGUUUGCUUCCGAGAACCAGGUGACCUUUGCAACCGUCCUCUACACUGCCUGGGCCAUGACGAUUUCCAAAUAUACCAAUCAAGACACAGUGACCGUCGGUGCCGUCGUCUCUGGCAGGGAAUCGCCAUUGGUUUCCCAAGCGUCCAUCGGCCCUACGAUAAACACUCUUCCCCUGGUGGUUAAAGUCCAGUCUGAUAUCACAAUCAGGGAGGUGCUGCGCGAAACGCUCCGUGGUCUCGCCGAAAUCACCGGGUACGCAUGGAGCACGCCACAGCAAAUAGAUCAUCGACCCGCGAGCGUGGUGGCCUUGCAAUAUGACUAUCCGAAAUACCCCCUGACUGUCCCAAGGCUCGGCGUCGAGUCGUUCGAAAACACGGCGUUCCCCCUGAACCUCUUGGUAGAGGAGGGCGGGCUGUUCCGUCUGGUAUAUGACCCGGCGGUCUAUGGCAAGGCUUACGCCCGAGACAUUGAGAUGUACUUCCAACGAGUUCUGGAGGUCAUGGUGAAGUCUCGGGGUCGGGCAUCGAGCAUCCCUCCCACGAUAUCAGAGGCAGAGGAGACUCUCAUAAUGCGCGAGUGGAACCCUCCCACCUCGCCUUCGGUCAUUUCUCAAACCCUGCAGGGGACUUUCGCCAAGUCUUUGAGGAAGCAUGCUGAUUUACGUGCCGUCGAAUGCGUGGGCGAGUCGCUCACAUACCGCGAGUUGGACUCGUUGGCCAGCAAGGUUGCUCUCAAGAUUCGUUCCUUGUUCCCCCCGGCGAAGCCCAUUGCUAUUCACGCAGACGGCUCACUGAACUGGAUCGUGGGUAUUCUGGGAAUCCUUAAGUCCGGGAGCCCGUACUGUCCUCUGGACCCCCAAUACCCACUCGCGAGAAGAGCCGCGGUAUGCACCGCUGCAGGAGCCGUCGGAUUGUUGCUCCCCAGCGACAAAUACGUGUCGGAAAACCCGCUCCCCGACCUCCAGACGCUCAUUGUGUCGGAGACAAUCCAGGACGCAGCCCCUGCCGAGAGCGUGUGCUUUGAGGCCGACCCAGCCACUGACGCUCUCAUCGUCUUCACAUCCGGCACCACGGGCGCCCCCAAGGGUGUGCCCAUCAGCCAUCGCGGCCUGCUGUCGCUGCAGUCCAACCCGGAGGCUACCAUGUUCAGCCGCCCCGGCAAACGCAUCGCCCAGAUGAUGUCUCCUGCCUUCGACUACUGUUCCAACGAGAUCUUCUCUGCGCUGCUUCACGGCGCCACGCUGGUGCUCCGAGACCCCACCGACCCUUACGCGCACUUGAAGUCUGUAGACACGGCAACGCUCACUCCUUCGCUGAUGGCGGCUCUUGAUCCCCACGAUUACUCCGCUCUCCGGACGAUAUAUGCGACGGGAGAACCUGUUACACCUGGGCUAGUCCAACACUGGGCUCCGGGACGAGAAUUCUACAAUGCCUACGGUCCGGCAGAGGGUUCCAUCUGUGUAUCCUUUACGAAACUGGUUCCCGGACAGGACAUCACCAUUGGCCGCGCCAUACGCACCGCCCGAAUGUACAUCCUCGACAAGAACAGUCGCCACCAGCCUGUCGGGGCCCUUGGAGAGCUGUACCUCGCCGGUGUACAGGUCACUCGGGGCUACCUCAACGCGGAGGAGCUGACCAAGCUUCGCUAUCUCCCGGACCCGUGGUUUCCUGGUGAGAUGAUGUACCGGACUGGUGAUUUCUGUCGCUGGACUCGAGACGGAAACGUCUUCUACGUCGGGCGACUCGAUCGCCAGGUCAAGAUCCGUGGCUUCCGCAUCGAGCUUCCCAGCGUCGAACAGACCAUUUAUGCGGUGGACCCGCUGGUCGUCCUCGUCAACGUUCUUGCCAUGGACGACACUCUUAUUGCUGUGGUGAAGCCCGCAUGCAUCGACACAGUCAAGAUGAAGAAGGAGCUGUUGGGCAAACUGCCUCCGUCCUGGGUUCCUCAGAGAUUUGUGGCUACGGACAACUUUCCCUUGACGCAGAAUAAGAAGAUCGACAUGGUUGCGCUCAAGGACAUGCUCGACAGUGCCGAGACAAGUGAGGCCUCCGCCCCGGAAGAGGCCAUGGAAGGCAGUGUGGCAGAAGGCGUCGGGCGAGAGUGGAAGAAUCUGCUCAAGAUCAGAGAUGAGAGGCCCCUCGGCGCGUCGGACCGCUUUACGGAGCUCGGAGGACACUCGAUCCUGCAAAUGCUGCUGUCUGCCCGACUUUCAGCCCGGUUCCAGAUUCGCCUGACCCUCCGAGACGUUCUACAGGCCGAUACGCUCCAAGAUCUCGUCGAGUUGGUCAAGACGCGACAGGCGUCUGGAACCGACCGAGUCGUGGCCAAGGCGCGAAAGCUGGCUGCCGAUGCCCUGUCCCCCGUGGAGGAGUACCAAUGGUCCGAAUAUAAGGUGGCAUCUUCUGCUUCCACUUCCGCGAGCAUGUUCAAUAUUAACCUGGUGCUGAACCUCCAAGGGGACUUCUCCCGAGAGGCUCUCGUAUCUGCGCUCAACAAGGUCCUAGCAGAGCACGAGAUUUACAGGUCCAACUAUGUUGAGUCCUGCGGCCGCGCUCGCAGGACCCUGCGAAGCACCCCGCCGCGGGUUCGGGAGCAAGCCGUACUCGAUCUGGAGCAGGAGAUCAACUACAACUUCAAGGUUUGCGAAGACGAGUUGAUUCGCAUUCAUCUCUGGGGCGACAAGUUUGUCCUCGUCGUCAGCCACAUGAUUGCGGACCUCAACAGCUUGGAGAAUUUCUUCAACGACGUAUCGGUAGCGUACAACACGGCGAAAGCACCGUCGAUGAGCAUGGUCCAGGACUACAUUUCCUUGCCGAGGUGGGAGCAGCCGCCCAGCCCCGAAGAUAGCCAGUUCUGGGUCGAUUACAUGAAGGGAGCCCAGCAUCAAGUUCCCCUGGGUAAGCCCUCUACCGCCUCUCGAUACGUAGGGCAAUCCGAGACUGUCCAGGUUCCCCCAGCCUUGGCUAAGAGUCUCGGGCGCAUGGCACAAAGCCAGUCUGUUACCCGGCACCAUCUUGCUCUCGCCGCGGUUGCCCUGGCCCUCCGCCGCAUCACGCAGAAAGAUGACCUGGUGCUCGGAGCGCCCUGCUCGUGCCGAGUCUCCGUGCCUGAGCAGCAAUCCAUGGGCUUGCUUCUAGACCGCCUUCCCGUGCGCAUUGGAAAGAUCCGGGGCAAGACAACUACUGCUGCGCUCCUGAGCCAGGUACGCAAGGCCAGCCAAGCAGCCCUUGCGCACGUGGUCCCGUUCCCUGAGCUGCUCCGUAUAUUGGGCAUCGGUCGAGACACCGAGCGCCACCCCGUCUUCGAGGUCAUGGUUACCUUCCAUUUGGGCAAUGGGCCUAGCGAGAGCAUCAAGAUCCCCAACUGCACUGCAUCGGGCGAGACGAUGUAUGCCUCUGGCUCCAAGUUCCUCAUCAUGUUCGAAUGGACGGAGCACUCGGAGGAGGACUGGUCACUCCGCAUCGAGUACAACACAACCCGGAUUUCUCCCCCGGUGCUCGCCCAGGUCAAGGAAAACUUGUGGGCCGCUCUCGAUGGUCUUGCCGUGGGGGCUGACGUUGAAGAGCUGCCUCUCUCGGACCAUGCGUAGAGCCGCAGUGCUCUGGAAGGAUCCCUUUUGAAUCCAUCACACUACCAGCUCUCCUCCCUAACUAUUCGCAGCCUCCCCAACCCUCUGCCUGCUCCCUGAACACGGUAAAUGGGGCCUACGGAUUGAUUCUUCUGCGCGAAGAAGUCUGUUCAUCUAAAUGGGGAGUUGACUAGUCAACGAGGCCGAGUGGGCCCCCACCACUCUCUGAGCGGCGGGUACAUAAGCUAUUUUCUAUUAUGAUAUUAUAGCUAUCUAAUAGUUUAGAUAGAUUUUUUAUGUUAUAUUUUAUCCAAUAGAUUGUUUAUAUUACAAGCC